AUGCCAGUCACCCUCAAAUCGACUGUUGGGCUGAUAAAAGGAACACCGAAAUCAUACACCGAGGAGGAAUUAAAAGAAAACCUGGCGACGGACGUCAUUAUACUCAAGGUUGAGAGGAUGCGGACUAUGGACUUGAACAGAAACCUCAAGGAUACGGAGAUCGUGAAAAUCGUGUGCAAGGCGAAAGACCUUCCAGCGAAUGUGGAGCUCUAUGGAUGCUUCUUCAAGGUCGAGUUGUAUCUGUUCCCAAUAAAACAGUGCAAAAAUUGCUGGGCCUUCGGACAUCGCAAGGAAAAAUGCUGGAGAACGACAAAAUGCAGAGAAUGCGGAGAAAACCAUGCAGGUGGAAGCUGCAAAAGGAAGAGUUGCAUUAACUGCGGAGGAUCUCACGAUCCAACCGACAGACAGUGCCCCGAGAAAAAAAAGCAGAUCCAAAUCAACCUAACAAUGCAGCAGGAAAAGAUGACGUACAGAGAGGCCCGCGCGAAGUGGAACGAGCAAAACCAGUACAAAUUGCUAUCGAAUGAGGAGGAAUUCCCGGACAUCACCCCGACUCUGCACAAGCGAAACCCGACCAGCACCCAAUACAAAACGAUCAGGGGAACAACAAAAAAGCCGGAUCAUCAACUUUUGCCAUCAGCACCGCAGACGAAAGUAUCGUACGCUGACAAAGUAAAGGAAAAGGCCCAAAGCCAGUUUGUGGAAAACUCCCACAAAACCAACGACUAG